GUCUACUGGAGCCAAGUGAAUAGCAAACUCUUGGGGGAGUCCAGAGAAAUUUUUGCCCUAAAGAGCCAGGCAUGAACAGCCAGUAGGGUUGCUUUGCCUAGCUGAUUACACACAGCCCUUAUGCAUUCACAGUGUCACCUCUACAACCCCGAGACUGCUCAAAACUGACUCCAGUCAGAGGCUGUCAAUCCUCUUGCCUGACUCCAGCUGGUUUCAUCCUUCCUUUUGUGGCCUUUCCUCCAUCAUCCCCUUUAUCAGGCAGCAGGAUACAACUACACUCCUGGUUAAAGUAUUUCUAGCAGUGAAGACCUGAAAAAGGAAUCUCCAUAUUCACUUCAUUUAAGAGGUGAAAGCACAUUGCCCUUCACUAUCUGAGAAAGAUCAGCUGCAACUCAGGCCAUGUCCUUUCCAAGGAUCUAUUUCUCCAAAGAAUCUCAUGUGGAUUCUCCACAACAGCAUCAUGUCGAUAUUCCCAAGUAUCCCCCUUCACACCACUCCUCCAAGACCUCAAAACUGGGGAAGCCACCUCUGGAUUAUUCCUUGGAAGAAAACCCAGUUUAUCUAGGUGAAGUACUGGCCAUAAUUGAAUCAGUGAGUAAAGAAAUGGAACAAGAAAAAAGACAACAGUGUGGAUCUAACAGAAUUUCAGAGUUAAUCAGCUUUUCCUCAACCUCUCCUGGACUGUUCCCAUGGCCAACAACUGCUGAUGUUCCUUGGCUGAAAAACAGAGGGUUAUCAGACCAAGAUGGGAAAGAACCUAUAUCAUGGAAAUCUUUUCGUUCAGCUUACAGAGGAAAAUAUUCUAGCAUGUCUCAGCAGUCAUCAGUAUUAAUGCAACUGUACAAUGAGAUCCCAAAACCUAAGAGAGAAAACAAGCCAGAUUCCAAGAAAAAAGAGAAGAAACCUAGGCACAAAUCAGUUUUCUUGAAAAUUGAUAGUAAAGUCAAAAGAAUUGGGCCACACUUAGAUAUCUACGAAGCCUUCCAAAGUCACAAGAAGAAACUUAGCAACAAAAGUGCCACGAAAGCAGCCACCUGUAUUCAGCGCUAUGUCCGAGGGUGGCUAGAACGUAGAAGGCUGAAAAGAUUAAUGAUCAAGGCUACAGAUCAUGGCCCAUCUCUUCGAGCACUGAUAAAAUCAUACCGUAAAAUGAUGCAUCGCAUUCAGCGUCGAUCUGGCAUCCGCAGACCGCGUACAUACCUCUCCUUUCUAGAGUUAGAGGAAUGGAUGGACAAAAAAAAAUAUUAUGAAACUAUGUUUUUCAAGAGGGAAUUUUGGCAAGCGAUGGAUAGAAGUGAGCUGCCUACGUAUUUCAGAGACUGUGGUCAUUUUCCAACCCAACAACAGAUAGACGAUACCUGGUUCCUGGUCCACACUAAUCUCAGUGAAGCCACAAGUGACCAAAUUAGAAAGGCCAAAGCAGUUGAAAUGGUGUUCACCCUCUAUCCUCCCACUGGGGCCCAUGUAAGCUGUACUUGGGCCCCUCGAUCUACGUGGAUGAGACCUAUAGUUGAAGGAGAAGAAGGGUAUGAAUACUUGGGUAUCACGCUGGAGUUGAAAAGCUAUGUUUGUCAGAACAAUAGAAAAGAAUGGCUAAGAACAAAGAAUGCCAUUCAGAAUCCAACCAAUAUUGUGCUGCAACAGGAUGCUCGUAGAAUCAUUUUGCUGGCUAUCCUCUUUGCCGGUUAUCCUUUUAAUGACUACUGGGACAGAUACACUUCUCAGAUAUUCUUCGGUUGAAGAUGAAAAUUUCUAAAACUGAAGUGGACUUUCCAAAGUAAAAGCCGGAGAGAGACACCACAGGCAUCGGAGCCAGCGAGGGUGUGUGUGAGGCAGGUGGGGAGAAGAAGGAGGAAGAUGGACAUCGGGACAACCCACCGCCAGAGGAAUGGCCCGGAUCGCGUUUUCCGGGACUAUUUGGAAAUCCUGCUAACGUCCGUGCUUAGGUCGGUAAUGAGAUACGUGCUGGAGUUCACAGGAUCAGCGGCAGCACAGUGGUCUGGCCACACUGCACAGUCCAAAACUUCCUGGAAUGAACAUCAUCAGUACGGCUGAUUUUGCGAUUGGACUGAAAAUUCUAGUCACCACCCAGCCCCAUUAUGUCUGCCUCAGCUGAAGGGUGACAGUGGGCGGUGGUGACAGGUGGAAACCAGCGGCCACAGCAGCUACGCACCUGAGUCAGAAUUGGACCUUCCAAGCCAGCGAUGGGAUUUCCUGGCCCAACCCGGUGACAUUUUUCCAGCUCCAUCAAAAACUCUCAUCAGCAUUCCAGAAGGACCAGUUUGGCCAAGCUUCCGUAGGUUACAGUAUCCUCUAUAUUACCUUCAACCAAACACCGCAUUUGAUACAACCACCCCCCAAGGCCAAACAUUAAGACAGAGAAUUUCAUUGGAAGACCUCUAAAUGCACCACUCGAACUGAACAAUUUAUAAUUAUUCCUUUUUCAUUUCUCCUGUCGAAAGCAGAAUUAAGUCGUGACCAGAGAGAAAACGGGUUGCUGAUUAAUCCACGUGGACUGUCAUCCAACAGAUUUAUAAUGAAGCAUGACCAGAAUUGCAGAGAGCACAGGAGAACAUCCUUGGGGAACGUCAGGUAUCUCCAUAUUCCCUUGGAAAACCACAGCUUGAGAUUCCUUAAUAGCAUAUUCAUGGGAUGGGAGGAGAGGAUUGGAGGAAAAAAAUGUUAUGAAAAGUGACCGGACAGCUACUGUAGCUAGAAGGUGGCACACCUUAGAGAACAGAGGGUCCUCCUUGCAAAUUCCAAAGACACCAAGGAAUCCAACUCAUGGAGAUCUGGCAACAGACACACCUAAUAAAUGCAUGAAUCAGUGAAAACAGUGAAUGAUGACUUCUUACGUGAACGAAUAAAUUAUCAAGUCAUUAUUGCAGAA